AUGAAAUGGCUCAAGGAGAAGGGUUACGGUGGUGCCUUCAUAUGGACUCUUGAUUUCGAUGAUUUCAAGGGUACAAGUUGUGGUAAAGGUCCAUAUCCGCUAUUAAAUGCAAUCAAUAAUGAACUUGGAAGUGAGUCAACAGCAUCGACGGAAAGCUUUGAUACGACGACGGCAGAACCAGAAAAUACGGAAGCCGAUACUGAUAUUGAUAUGACGACGGCAGAACCAGAAACUACAGACGACGAUACUGAUAUUGAUAUGACGACAAGUGCUGCUGAACCAACAAGACCUAUCG